GGCACUCCCGUACCUCUUCCUGUCCUGAGGUUCCAGGAGGACCAAGCCAGAGACUCCACUGAGUGUGGCAGAAGAGUAGAGGUUAAUUCGUCCCACAGUAUGUCCCGAAUGCCAACCAUUUGGGGUCACACAGUAAAACAUAAUGGGGGUGGGUUUUUGUUUGUAAUCCUCACCUGAGGAGGACAUUUUUUCCAUUGCUUUUAUAGAGGGAGGAAGGGGGAGAAAGAGAGAAACAUGGAUGUGAGAGACAUUGAUCAAAUUGCCCUCUGGUACGUGCCCCAGCUGGGGACUGAACCCACAACCUGAGUACGAGCUCUGGGAGUCGAACCCAUGACGUUUUGGUCUACAGGACAGCAUUCUAACUAACUGGAGCCACACUGGCCAGGGCAAUGGUGGUGAUUUUUAUUCAAACACUAAAAUGUGAUGGGUAUCACAUCAGAUAGCCAUGAACAAACUAGAUUGAACAUUUGUUCUCUAUACUACUUCCCCCACUCCUGUAAGGUAAUGGUGAAAAUCUUGGUUAGAAAUUAGGAAUCAAUCUUAGAACUUCAGAAAGAAAGGGAGACACUGGGGUCCUAUCUAUAAAUUUUAAAGUGGAGGCUCAGAGUAGGGAGGUAACCUACCCAAGGUCACAUAGCUUCUUAGGUCCUGUAGUGCCUCUUCUACUGAACCAGCCUGUCACGUAGAUGAUUACUUCUGUGUCUGUAGAGUCCCUGGUAUCCUCUGGCUCAGCGGCCUUCAUGAAACUUGCCAGACCAAGAACCCUUGCCGAAGUGAAAUGGAACGCGAAAGCCCUGGCGUAGAGCAGACAUGGCAGAGCAGCUCUGAAGGGGGGGCCCUGCUUCAAGGCGGUUUUUAUUUUAUCCUUGCUUUUCUAUCAGGAGUGCGCACCGCCCUUUACAACGGAGGUAGCCUGCCCGGUGCCCUCUUGCAUCCAUCAGGCUGGGACUCGUUGAGCUCCUGCUACAUGCUGUGCACCUGUAGCUGGGAGUGCUGGCCCUCCUUGAGUCCGCUGUCUUAAUAGUGUAGACAGACAGCAAGCAAGUAAUGUGAACAAGAUGACCAACCACAGAAAGCCUCAGUUCCUUGUUUGGAAAAUAGUUUCUGGGAAGGAACUAAACCAGGUGGCAGGGUGUGUGACCAGGACUGCCCUUGGGACAGUUCUGUGGUCCUCAGGAAUGCUUUGAAUCUGCGUGCUUCUGUGUCUUCGCUGGACUCCACUUGUGGCUGUCCUCUUAGACCACCUUUUUUUUUUUUGAGAAUUUUUGUGUGUUUAUUUGAGUCCAACUGAUGAUAAAUGCUGGAGAGCAUGCUCUUAGACGACCUUAGUGACAAUCUGGGUGUCCGUGAGAGGCUGCAAGAAAGGUCCUAGUCCAGGAGGCAGGACCCCGACUGCACCCACAGUCAUUGUGUGACCUUAGGGACCAAACUUGCAACCCAGGCAUGUGCCCUGACCAGGAAUCGAACUGGCAGCCUUUCGCUUUGCGGGAUGACACCCAACCAACUGAGCCACACUGGCACAUGGCCACCCAUUCAUCCCAGAAACCACACCAGUGCAUGUACUGUGAUAAGAUGUUUCACCGCAAGGACCAUCUCCGGAACCACCUGCAGACCCAUGACCCCAACAAAGAGGCUCUCCAUUGUUCCGAGUGCGGUAAGAAUUACAAUACAAAGCUGGGCUACCGGCGUCAUCUGGCCAUGCAUGCUGCCAGCAGUGGUGACCUCAGCUGUAAAGUGUGCCUGCAGACCUUUGAGAGUACCCAGGCACUGUUAGAGCACCUGAAGGCCCAUUCACGCCGGGUAGCAGGGGGUGCCAAGGAGAAGAAGCACCCCUGUGACCACUGUGACCGGCGGUUCUAUACUCGUAAGGAUGUGCGGCGGCACCUGGUAGUGCACACAGGCCGGAAGGACUUCCUGUGCCAGUACUGUGCCCAGCGGUUUGGCCGCAAGGACCACCUGACACGGCAUGUCAAGAAGAGCCACUCACAGGAGCUGCUCAAGAUUAAGACAGAGCCAGUGGACAUGUUAGGCCUUCUCAGCUGCAACUCCACAGUCAGCGUGAAGGAAGAGCUGAGCCCCGUACUCUGCAUGGCCUCUCGGGACAUGAUGGGGGCCAAGGCCUUCCCUAGCAUGUUACCCAUGGGCAUGUAUGGCACCCACAUCCCUGCCAUGCCCAGCGCGGGCAUGCCACACUCCUUGGUGCACAACACGCUGCCCAUGGGUAUGAGCUACCCUCUGGAAUCCUCACCUAUCUCUUCUCCAGCUCAGCUUCCUCCAAAAUACCAACUUGGAUCUACCUCAUACUUGCCUGACAAAUUGCCCAAAGUGGAGGUGGAUAGUUUUCUGGCGGAGCUUCCUGGAAGCCUGUCUCUCUCAUCCGCUGAACCCCAGCCCGCCUCACCUCAGCCGGCGGCAGCUGCGGCCCUCCUAGAUGAAGCACUGCUCACCAAGAGCCCCGCCAACCUCUCUGAGGCCCUCUGCACUGCUAAUGUGGACUUCUCCCACUUACUGGGCUUUCUUCCACUCAACCUGCCCUCGUGUAACCCACCCGGGGCCGCAGGGGGCCUGGUCAUGGGCUACUCCCAGGCGGAAGCACAGCCCCUGCUCACCACAUUGCAAGCUCAGCCUCAGGAUUCCCCGGGAGCUGGGGGACCGCUGAACUUUGGGCCCCUGCACUCCUUGCCUCCUGUCUUCACCUCUGGCCUGAGCACCACCACCCUGCCUCGUUUCCACCAGGCAUUCCAGUAGCCCCCAAGGAGGCCCUCAGCUCAGUCCCGGACUCUGUCAGGGAGCUUCAGUACCCAUCCCGUCUGCAUCCCCUGUAAACGCAGCUGAGCUUUCAGAGCUGGUUCAAACAGAAAAGAUUCCAGUAUCUGUAUGGAGCACUUGGUUUGGGGGCUCAGGCUCCAGCAUCAGUUCCAGGAGGAGCCUUGAGCCCCAGCCCCAUGAAAAGAUCCCGUACUAUAGGACUUCAGGUAUUUUUACUUUUAUUUUUUUUAAAUCUGAAUCGGGAGCCACACUUAGUCCUCUCUUUCUCCAAAGUGUCAGAACCCGCUCCUCUCAGGAGACUGGGGAGACCUGUUGGAGACAGAGAGUUUCACUUUGGAUGACCUCGAGAAAAGUAGCUGAAGAAGCCCGCCUUCUGGUCCCAACCUGCAGACUCCACAGCAGUCAGUCAGGCCCUGCUGCAGAGGGUCACUUGGCUCCAUCACCUGCUUCCAACGGACGGGCAGGAGAGAGGGCCUCUGCUCUUCCUCACCACCCCCACCCCUCC